AUAAAAACGUCAGCCUGAAAAGAAGCAAAAGAAGCAACCAGAGUUCAGUGGAGAAAAUCAUGGACGCCCUUCGAUGCUUUGCGACCUUGCCUCCCUCUUCCUCUCCAAGACCCUCCUUGCUCUCCUCUUCUGCCCUAUUAGGUCCAUCUUCUCUCUCAUCUCCUUGCCCACAGUGGCGGAGAAGGCCUCAUAGAUCCAUCAAGGCUUCCUCCCGGGUGGAUUCCACCACGACCCUGUCGGAAGGUUGGGAUGUCUCCGGUUCUGUGGCCAGACCUUCUUUUUUGCCCAGAUUUGAAGAGCUUGACACCACCAACAUGCUUCUCCGGCAGCGCAUCGUCUUUUUGGGUUCUCAGGUAGACACAGAUACUGCAGAUUUUAUUAUCAGUCAACUUCUAUUUUUAGAUGCUGAAGACCAAAAGAAGGAUAUAAAAUUAUUUAUCAAUUCUCCAGGUGGCUCUGUAACAGCAGGAAUGGGAAUAUAUGAUGCCAUGAAGUUAUGCAAGGCUGAUAUAUCUACAGUUUGUUUUGGUCUUGCGGCAUCUAUGGGUGCAUUUCUGCUUGCUUCUGGAACAAAAGGAAAGAGAUUUUGCAUGCCAAAUGCAAGAGUCAUGAUUCAUCAACCUUUAGGAACUGCUGGAGGCAAAACAACAGACAUGGGAUUACAGAUUAGAGAAAUGAUGUAUCACAAGGUGAAGAUGAACAAAAUACUGUCGAGGAUAACAGGAAAGCCUGAGCAGCAGAUCGAAAUAGACACAGAUCGUGACAAUUUCAUGAAUCCAUGGCAAGCGAAGGAAUAUGGUUUAGUAGAUGAAGUUAUUGAUGAUAGUAAACCUGGUUUGGUUGCACCAAUUGCUGAUGCAGCGGCACCUCCGAAGACCAAAGUGUGGAGUUUAUGGAAAGUUGAAGGUAGCAGGAAAGCGAAGAAAAAUUUGCCUUCUGAGCAUAACAUCUCUCGAAAUGGCUACGAAGGUAGCGAUGGAAGUGAUGGAGAGAAAGGGACGCCGCAAACAGAGGAGGCACCGACACCAGUAUGACAAACAACUUCAUGUCGGUUAAACCGUUUUUGAUGAUCUGAAAGAAGCAAAAAGCUAAACAGCUUCAGGUUUUUGGAAUUGUGAUCCAGGGUUGAUAGACAAUAUAGAUGAGACCAUGAAAUGAAGUGGAGAUUUGUAUUGUUGUUUGGGUUAGUUUGGUAGUUUGUCAGAUUGUGGUUUAUGUUCACUCCAACUUGUGUUGUUUAUUACUUAUUAAUUGGUUAUUAUUAGCGUGUUCGUUAUGUUAUUUUUACUACAUUUUUACUACAAAACCAAUCGAAUGUUCUUUG